AUGAAUGAAAAAUAUGAAGAACACGGUUCUUCAAAAGCUGUUGAAAGUAAAAUUGAUAUGAAUGGAGGUGAAUAUUUGAUCAAUUUCAAUGAGAACAUCGAGACAAAACAUUUCGAAAUUCAUGUCAAUCACCUGAACUAUGAUCAGCAAUCAAUAAUAGAUGAACUGAUACAACAAAAUUUAUCUGUUUUUGCUAAAGACAAGUACGAUGUGGGCACGGUAUCGGGUUAUGAAGCACAUAUUGAUCUACUUGAAGAAAAAUAUUGCAGUAAGAGGCCAUAUCGCUGUACAAUCGAAGAUAGGAAAGAAAUUGAACAGCAAAUCGCCAAGUUGCUGGACAAAAAACUCAUAGAAGAAUCGUAUAGUCCUUUCGCAGCUCCAGUAACAUUAGCAUUAAAAAGGGACGAAAACAAAAGAUCAAGACUGUGUAUAGACUUUCGAGACCUAAAUAAAAUAGUAGUUCCUCAGUCUCAACCAUUCCCGCUAAUCGAAGAUCUAACUGAAAAAACGAGAGAUUCUCCUAUAACUAGAAGUAAAACACAGGGCGGCAGGGAGCUUCAGGCCGGCUCCCUUCGGAACCGUCCAGAGGAUCGGUCUGUAGGAGGUGUGUGUGGAGCAAGCGGCGCACCCCUCCGAGAAGGCACCGCAAGGCCAAGUCCCGCUUCUCCGCAAGGGGAAAGCCCUGCCAGCUUGGGUGUACAAACAGUCCACUCCGCUGUAAGAAGGCCGCAGCGGGAUAGGCGAAUGCGCUGGUCAAAAGAAGAUAAUUGUAUGGUCAUGCGAGCACAUUUCAUUGCGAUGGACCUUGUUGAAACUCGCAACACCACUUAUAGGAGCCUCCUUAUGGAUAUAUGGAAGGACAUCUGUCCUGACCGACCGGUCUAUGCCCAAUUGCUCUCCAAUCGAGUACGAUGGAUCCUUGAUAAUCAAAAACUGUCAAGAGCUGAGCUGGAGUAUAUAAAGAAUGGCUGUUAUCCUGGCAUCAUCCAACAAGAGGACUCUGGUUCUUCUCAGGCGACCAGGGCGAGAUCAUCUAUUGGAAUCAGGAAAAGUGGUCUUUACGUUCGGGAGCGGGAGCCUAACGCGGUCGAGAGCUCUUUUGUGGGCAACUUGGUGAGGUUCUCGGGAGGAGCAGCGGAUAGAAGACCGAAAAUUCCACGACUGAAGUAUUCGAGGAGCGCCUAUGACUUGGUGAGGGAGGUCAACUCUAUCCUCUCGCGGUACUCCACAGAUGUGAGUACUUUUGGAGAGCUGGUGGAUAUGGUCUAUGCUGGCGCCGUAACGGUCUGCGAAUCGCUCGGACAGCGGAUCGGUUGCCAUCAAAGUGCGCCAAGAGCACCCUCGACGCCUCCUUGGAAACUGCGCCUAGAACAAAAAAUCACGGCUAUGAGAAAGAAAAUUGGGGUAAUCCACACUUACCUCAACAGUGCAUCGCCAACAAGCAAAGUGAUCAAGUCUGUUAGAAGAGUAGCCUCUGAGUCUCGUAUCAAACGCAGGGACCCCUCCUUCAAGGAAAAGUUAGCCAUCGUAUCCGACCACCUGAAACAAAAAAUUAAGGCAUUAGGGAACCGCAUUAGAAGGUACAAUGAGAGGGUAAAGCGUUAUAGAAAUAACAACCUGUACUACAGAAACAGGCGGCGAUUCUUUCGUUCCUUAGACGGGGACGACAAAACGGAAACAGACUGCUUGGAACCUAAGGCGGCGCACGAAUUCUGGUCUAGCGUGUGGUCCCGCGAAAGUGCACACGAUGAAAAAGCGUAUUGGAUAGAGGAGGUACGGCAGAGGAUACCCAGGGAAUCGAUGGACGCAAUAAUGAUACAGCCCUCGGAUAUAGGCGAAGUACUUAAACGCUCGAACAACUGGGCAGCUCCGGGCUCUGACAAACUCCACAACUAUUGGUGGAAGUAUUUCAAUAGUGUGCAAGACAAACUAGCACUGUUACUGCAGGAAGCCUUGAAUAAUCCAGCCUCGGUCCCUGGGUUCUUCACGCAGGGGAUCACAUAUCUCAUCCCAAAGGAUGGAGACAGAAAAGACCCCAAGAAUUAUCGACCCAUCACCUGUCUCUCAUCCGUUUAUAAAAUCCUUACAGGAGUGCUCACAAAAUACAUAAAUGGCCACAUCAGAAAACACCACCUUAUGACUGAAGAACAGGGAGGCUGUCGGGAGAGGUCCAAGGGAUGCAAAGAGCUUCUGGUUAUAGACCAUGUAGUCACCAAGCAGGCGAGAAAGAAGCUCAGGAACAUAUCGGUGGCCUGGGUGGACUAUAAGAAGGCGUUCGACUCGGUCCCCCAUACGUGGCUGCUGAAGGUGCUGGAAAUGCAUGGAGUGUCCCCCGGGGUGAUAGAGCUUCUAAGACACCUCAUGAAAACCUGGAGGACGACGCUUUUUGUUCGAUCAGGGGACUCUCUGAUAGAAUCAGGACAAAUAAAAAUAGCCAGGGGGAUAUUUCAAGGGGACACGUUAAGCCCCAUUUGGUUCUGCUUGGCACUGAACCCUCUAAGCAUCAUGCUCAAAAAUACAAAAUAUGGAUAUGUCAUCAACAAGAGCAGACAGAUCGCUAUAUCCCAUCGAUUGUUCAUGGAUGACUUGAAACUGUAUGGAGCUAACUCCGAUCAACUGAGAAGGAUGCUAGAGUUGGUAGCGGCGUUCAGUGAGUCGAUAGGGAUGGAGAUGGGGGUCGAGAAGUGUGCCGUGCUUGAUGUGCGGAGAGGGAGAAUUGAGAAUGCGGAGGAAGCUGUAGUGCUUAUGAAUAACACGGAAAUUCCUGUUUUGGAUGAAGGAGUCCCAUAUAAAUACUUAGGGAUAAAACAAGCACUGGAAAUAAAAACCCAGGAAAUGAAGAAAUCAUUUAGGGAGAAGCUAUUCACCAGAAUUGGUUUGCUCCUCAGAGCCAAGCUGAACUCGAAAUCCCUCUUUACGGCCAUUAAUAUCUGGGCGAUCCCAAGUAUGGCGUAUUCCUUCGGCGUCAUCAACUGGUCGGCGACUGAGCUUCGCAGUCUAGAUAGGGAGGUAAGAUCCAUACUUACUAAAUAUGGCGUACACCACCCCCAUUCCUCGACGCUAAGGCUAUACCUCCCAAGACACAGGGGUGGGAGGGGGCUGUUAAGCUUGGAGGACAUCCAUUGGAAGAGCGUGAGUGACCUGCGGCAGCAUUUCCUGAAGCAGAGCUCACCUCUGUUCGGGGCAAUCCGUGAAGCUGACGUUGGAUUAUCCGCUUUGAAGCUUUCCGAGCCAGAAUAUCAGGUCCCGACCUACUGUGUGGAAGAACGCAUUGAAGAAUGGAGUGCCAAGGCCCUGCACGGCAGAUACCCAAGUCACCUAGGGAGUGAAGAAGUAGAUGGAGUGGAAUCUCUUACUUACCUGCGAGCAGGAUACCUGUUUCCGGAAACGGAAGGAAGAAUCCUGGCGAUCCAAGAUCAGGUAGUCCCUACCCGGAUGUACAUGAAGCAUAUCGCUGGGCAGGAUAUCCCAUCUGACCGAUGUCGAAAAUGCUCCCAGGCUGCAGAGUCGAUCCAACAUGUGACCUCUUCCUGUCCGAUUCUGGCUCCUAGAGACUACCUUGAAAGGCAUAAUGCGAUGGGAAAGAUCUACCACCAGCAGAUCGCAUUGAAACUAGGAUUGCUCGGGGAAGAGGUACAGCAACACCUGUAUAAACCGAAGACCCUCCUGGAGAACGAGCGCUACAAGCUGUACUGGGACGUGACACUUGUGACGGAUAGAGGAGUGGCGCACAAUAGACCAGAUGUGGCGCUUUUUGAUAAACAGGAACAGACGUGUCUGUUGCUGGAUUUCACUGUUCCGGCGGACGACAACUUGGCCAGAGCCUAUUCGGAGAAGAUUAGUAAAUACUCUGACCUGGCCUACCAGCUCCGGGACGUGCACAACCUGAAAGCCAUCAGUAUAUUGCCAUUGAUAAUCUCGGUAAAUGGUCUCGUCGAAAAACACUUACCCGACAACACCGCUAGACUCUGCUUAGACCCAACUGUAAUAUCCAGCUCCCAGAAGCAGGUCUUGUUGAGCGCGGCAAGAAUGGUCAGGAAAUUCCUUCAAGGUCCGUAG